AUGAGUACAACAAAGUCUGGAAACGAUGUAGUAAUCAGUGGUAUCGCCGGUCGGUUCCCGCUGUCCAACAACACCGACGAAUUGGCCCGCAAUCUGUACGACGGCGUAGAUAUGAUCACCGGUGAUGAUAGCCGAUGGCCAGAGGGUACGUUUGAUCUGAAUCCACGGUUUGGCAAAAUACAUGAUUUCAAUCAGUUUGACUCGACUUUCUUUGGGCUCCCGGAGAAGUUGUCGGAAGCGGUUGACCCACAGGCCCGGAUGCUACUCGAGGUUACCUACGAGGCCAUUGUUGAUGCCGGGAUAAGUCCGCAAUCACUACGUGGUAGUAAGACUGGUGUAUACGUUGGUGUCUCAAUAUAUCCCAUGACUGAUGGCUAUCCCACCGAUAUUCAGCCAGAUUUAAAGCAAAAUUUGCAAAAUGUUACAAUUCAGCACCUCUCCAAAUUUAAAUCCCUUUACGCCAGUCGUAUAUCAUUUGUGUUUGAUUUCAAGGGCCCAUCACUAUUGGUGGACACCGCCUGUUCGGCCAGUCUAUCGGCCACUACACUAGCUAUGAAUGACAUGAGACUCGGAAACAUCAAUACGGCGAUCGUUUGCGGCACUCAUAUGCUGUUCGAGCCAUUCGUACUGCAGUUUCAACAGGAGUCGGGUCUGUGUUCGCCAAGAGGUGUGGCCGCAGUCCUCGACCAAAGCGCCGACGGUUUCAUCAAAGGCGAGGCCGUGUGCUGUGCUUUCCUACAGCGCCGGCGCGACGCCCGGCGUAUGUACGCCCGUGUGGUCAACGCCAAGAUGAACAUCGAUGGCAAUAAGACCACCGGAAUGUUUUUCCCAUCGGCCGACGCACAGGAGGAGCUAAUGAUUGACACUUACAACGAGGUCAAUAUCAAUCCGCUUGACCUCACCUAUUUCGAAGCUCACUGUACUAGCACUACGGCGGGCGAUCCACAAGAAAUAAAGGCCAUAUAUAAUGCCUACGUUAAAGCUCCGGGACGUACACAACCCCUGCCGUUGGGUGCGUUGAAGAGUAAUAUCGGCCACUCGGAGGGCGGUUCAGGAGUGGCCGCACUCAUUAAAGUGUGUAUUGUAUACGAGAAUGAGUGCAUUCCUCCCAACCUCAAUAUGAAACAACUGAAAGAUGAAUGCCUUCCUUAUUGUCCGCCUAUAACGCCUAUUGUGGAACCGAUGCCUUAUAAACCAGGGUUGGCCGCAGUGAGCAAUUUUGGUAUCGGCGGUGCGAACGCACACGUAUUGCUCGAACCCAAUCAUAUGUUGGGAACCAGUGAUGGACUGAGAAUUGCGGAAACGAUUCCCAGAAUUGUUAACAUUUGCGGCCGAACUGAAGAUGCGGUCAAAUAUGUGAUGGAUUUCAUACAAGACAACCCAAAAAGGGUGACGAAUGACUUUUUGGCACUUUUGGCGCAGACUAUGAAAUACACGCCUAAUGUUAACUCAUCGGGAAUGCCAUUCAGGGGUUCACUUCUAAUAAAAAAGGUGUCGGAAAGUAGUAAUAGUAUUAAUUAUGAAUACAAGAGGCAAAUAGGCUUUCAGAAAGGCACAAGUGCUCGACCCCUAUGGGUACUGUUCCCGGGUUUAGGCGGUCAGUGGCCAGCAAUGGCUGCAGCUUUGAUGCCAAUCAAGAUAUUCGCCGAUAAAGUGGAAGAAUGUCAUCAAAUACUACACGAAUUCGGUGUCGAUUUGAAACACAUGUUGUUAUCAGAAGACAAGACAUCGAUGUCUACAAUGACUGCAAAGUUCUGUUCGACAACUGCUAUAGAGAUAGCGUUGUUUGAAGUGAUGAAAGCGCUGGACAUCACACCCGACGGCAUAAUUGGCCACUCGUUUGGAGAGAUAGCCUGUGCUUACGCUGACGGCUGUCUCAACACAAGGGAAGCAAUGGUCGUCACAUCAAUCCGAGGAAUAGUCACAGAAAAUAACAAAACUAUACCCAAAGGACUGAUGGCUGUCGUGGGGUUACCCAAGUCUGAGGCCCAAAAGUUGUGCCCAAACGGUGUUUACAUCGCAUGUAAUAACGCUAAGAAUAGUGUCGUUAUAUCCGGUAAAUUAAUAUAA